AUGGAUUCUGAGGGCGAUGAUGAGAUCCUCAAGACGUUCGCGGCUGGAAACGAUAUCGACCAUGACCAGUGGCCAGCCCUUCUAUCAAGGUUGAUUCCAAGACUGGAGAAGAUUGCAAACACGGCAUUCCCUCCACGACCCUUUCUUGCCUCUCAACCUUCAUCCUCCCACCCAAUACCUUCCUCCCCACCAGCUACUCAAUCAACAAACGCCGAAUCAUCCAGUCAGAAUAGCACAAACUCAACAGAUGCAAUCAAUAAAGAAAAUGCCCCUCCACCACCGAAACCUCCUGCCCACAGUUUGUCACCAUCGAUACAAACCUUCCUCGAAUCCAUAAUUUCAACCCUCCGAACCCUAUUCUCCCAACACCCACCACACACUAUUCAACGACUCGCCGAACUGAUCCUCUAUCCAAGACAGCAUUACAAGACGGUAUCAUCAUAUUUACACGCGGUAGAUCGAGUGGUACACGUCAGCUCAGGCUCCCAUAUAUUUCCUCUCCCACCAGCAGUCCCCGACCCCUCAAGUGCCUCUGUGCUUUCAAACGGUACCAUAGACCCUCUGUCCACAUCAUGGGGCAAUGUUUCCUCAGUACAAGCAAAUCUAGGCUCGGACGAAAGUCUAGGAGGAGCACUUCUCACACCAAUACCAUGGUUGACGAACAAUAAGAACGGAGGAUCACAACAUUCAGGCGGUUCACGUUCACCAAUCGAGCGAGAAGUCAAGACAGAAAGUACAGAAAUGAUUGAAGGACCCAAUGGACUAGGAGGAAUCGAGACGGUCACAGUAUCUGUAAACGGUAUAUCCUCAACCCGGGAAUCUACACUGGCAGCGGCGCCUACCGCCCCUACAACGGAUGUCGCUGCAGAACUGAGAGCAGAGGGAGGUGUCACUCAGGGCGAAUUACUACGACAGGAACAACGAGCGGGUGUGGUGCCUGUUGCACAGUUAUCCAGCAACAGAGGCGACACCGAUGGACUUGGAGAGGAAGAUGAGGCUCCGCAUGCUAGAGGGCCGGAUGAGAUAGGCAUGGAAGACACAGGACCGCAGGCUAGUGGUCACGCCGCCGUCGGCUCAGGGCUGAAUGUUAGUAUGAAGGGGAUUGAUGUCGAUGCUGCUGUUGGGAGGAAAGAGGUGCCUGUGUCUCCGAAACGGGAUGCGGAUGAGGAGAUUGGAGGGCAGGAGAAGAAGGUCAAAGAUGGGGAUGAGGAGAUGGGGGACGAGGUUGAACUUGUGGAUGUGGAUGGGAGGAAGGAAGGGGAGGGAGUUGGGGAGAAGGGGGAGAAUAAGGGCGUCGAUGCUGUGGAUGGGAGUGGUGUGUGA